AGAGACUGGAAAAGGAGAGGGAGGCGGAAUGCAACAGGCUGAGCUCUAUCGCUUCUGCCAGGAGGACUUCUGACUGACAAACACAACUACUACACUCCAGCUUAUUCCUCCACUGACUCCUGACUUACCCUCACAGACGAGCAGACUGUGUGCUCAGUUUGCAUCUUACCAGGUCUGAAUCUGGAUCUGGUCGGGUCUUGGUGACGUGGUUCCUGGUCUCUGCCCUGCUCUUCCUUUCUCCUCAGCAUCCCACUCACGUGUCUACAGCCUGACAGCGGGGAAGCCAGCAGCUGGGAGGGGCUGAAUGGCACCGUCCCAUUUCGAACCCACCGUAGGCCCCUGACAAAGACAACACAGGAAGAGGAAACGCUAAGACAGUCAGAGAGUCACCUGAACCACCAGCAGUGCUUUAUCACGAUGGCAACCAACAGGGAGCACCAGCUGCGUCACAUGACCAACUUCCCUCGCACGAUGUACCCGUUCACCUUUAACUCCAUGCGGAGCCACUCCCCCUUUGACCUCCUGGCCAGUAGCCACCUCUUCAGCCGGUUUGGGGCAGACCUUCCCAAAGAGAUGGCUGCAUUGUCCGUGGAGACUCAGAGCACCAGCUCAGAGGAGAUGGUGCCCAGCUCUCCUUCCCCUCCUCCUCCUCCCCGUAUCUACAAGCCAUGCUUUGUGUGUCAGGACAAGUCAUCUGGUUAUCACUAUGGAGUAAGCUCCUGUGAGGGCUGCAAGGGUUUCUUUCGGCGCAGUAUCCAAAAGAACAUGGUGUAUACCUGCCACCGAGACAAGAACUGUCAGAUCAACAAAGUGACCCGCAACCGCUGCCAGUACUGUCGGCUGCAGAAGUGCUUUGAGGUUGGCAUGUCCAAAGAAGCGGUGCGUAACGACAGGAACAAAAAGAAGAAGGAUGUGAAGGAGGAGGUGGUGCUGCCAGAGAACUAUGAGCUGAGUGGAGAGCUGGAGGAGCUGGUUAACAAAGUCAGCAAAGCUCACCAAGAGACCUUUCCUUCUCUGUGUCAACUGGGAAAAUAUACCACAAAUUCAAGUGCUGACCACAGAGUGCAGCUGGACUUGGGCCUGUGGGAUAAGUUCAGUGAGCUGUCCACUAAGUGCAUUAUAAAGAUUGUGGAGUUUGCCAAGCGACUACCAGGCUUCACUACGCUCACCAUUGCUGACCAGAUCACCCUCCUCAAAUCUGCAUGUCUGGACAUCCUGAUGCUGAGGAUAUGCACUCGUUACACCCCAGAACAGGACACGAUGACCUUCUCAGAUGGCCUGACUCUCAACAGGACCCAAAUGCAUAAUGCUGGUUUCGGUCCGCUCACAGACCUGGUGUUUGCCUUUGCUGGUCAACUGUUGCCUCUGGAGAUGGACGACACAGAGACUGGCCUACUUAGCGCAAUCUGCCUAAUUUGCGGAGACCGUAUGGACCUUGAGGAGCCACAGAAGGUGGACAAGCUGCAGGAGCCGCUGCUAGAGGCUCUGAAGAUCUACACCCGCCGCAGACGCCCAAACAAGCCUCACAUGUUUCCCCGCAUGCUGAUGAAAGUCACGGACCUCCGAGGAAUCAGCACCAAAGGUGCAGAAAGAGCCAUCACACUGAAGACUGAGAUCCCAGGACCCAUGCCUCCACUUAUCAGGGAGAUGCUGGAGAACCCUGAGGCCUUCGAGGACAGCAGUGACUCAGUGGACAGUGCUGCAGCUGCUCCCCCUGCAAUUCAAACCAUUAAACAAGAGGAGAAGGCCACGUAUGAGUCGAACGUUGAGGAGGAAGAGGAGGAGGAAGACGACGACUACUGGGAUGAGGAGAAAGAGAGAGGAGGGGCAGAUAGUGACUGGGAGCCAAGUGGAGAGGUGACUGGGAAAACACAGUGAGAGAGACACCGUGAUGCUGCUUCCCUCUUCAGAUCACUGAGCCUUCGCCCAGCAAGAUCUCCUCCCAGAAACCUCACACAAUUAGGCUCUUACACAACAAUGAUGUUGCUUACAGCGCAUACAGUAUUUACAUAUACUGUACAUGCUGACCGAGAGGAAAAUGUGUUAAACUCUGUAAAGGAAGCGGGAGAAGCUAAAGCACUAAAUGUCAUGAAAAAAAAAAUCACUGUGCCAAAAUGAAACUGUCUAAAACGUAUUACAAAAGUGUUUCAUCCACCAAAAGAGGAACGAGAGGUGGUGGACAGAAGAAAAUGCACUCCUCCGCUAUCUAUAAGGGCUAUGCUUUGUAUAAAAUUGAUGGUAAAAAUACAUUGCAACAACAGAACUCUAUGUGGUGUCCAUCUGCCGCAAAUGUCUUCUCAGAAUUCCAUUUAUUACUAUUCAGAGAUAUGCUACUUAUUUUUUUAUUGUACUUUUUUUUCUAAGCAUGUAAACAUUUCUGCUCAUUCGUUAUGCCUUUUUGUGGUACUCUUUGUUGCUUUUUUGUAUAUUUUUCAUUCAGUCCUGCUCCCAUUUGACCAGACGUGUGUGUGUGUGUGUGUGUGUGUGUGUGUGUGUGUUUAAAGCUUGUCUUUAAUUUUAUGCAUUUCAGCUUUAUUGGACACAAUGAAAAGCAAUAGCAAAGAGAGAGCAGGACUCAAGCCUCGCAACAUGACAAGCACACGGUAUGAAAACAUCUAAAACAUCUGAAUGAGAAUAAAAGGAGGAGAACUUGUAAUUUCAACUCUGGUGCUUGUGAUAAAAAAACCCCAAAAAAUAUUAACAAAGAAUGCAAAACAAAUGCAACAACAUAACUCCGCCUCUCAACAAAAAUACAGACUUACUGUCAUUUAAAAAAUACUCAGAUGAAAGAAUCUGCAGGGUGGAUUUAGUGUCAUCACACAAUCUCAGGUUGAUCGUAUCAGGUUCACCUGUCAGCACAGUAUUUCAAGAAAACUGUUGGUGUGAAUGCUUCGAUAUAACUCCCCCUUUUUCAGCAAAAAUUCUUUAUACACCAAGGAAUAGGGAUGAUCAAAAAUCUAAGUUGUUGAGCGCGCUUGUAUAAGCCCUCGGUACAGCAGCCAGACAUAGGUAAGCCAUAGCCUUUUAAUAUUGUAAGUACGAGAAAAGAAUCAUCCAGAUUAUUUCACAGAAAACCUCAGGUGUGUAUGUGUGUGCGCUCAGUGUGUAACCAAAAGCACUUCCAAUACACAGAGUGACGUUAUAGAGAUGUUAUUGUCAUCACCGCCAAUAAUCAGUUAAACAUUUAUCGAAAAUUACUAGUUCUUUGAAAAAUGUACAUUGACAGGCUGUGUACCCUAACAAAAACUAAAUGUUUUCACUCACCCGAAGACUUCUGGUGGACAGUGGGACAGCAACGUUGAUUCAAGCUGAUCAACAAUCACAUGAUCAACUGUAACCGAGGCUGCAGCCGUCCGAUAUGACUGACAACUAAACGAGGGCUUGUUGCUGGCCUGCCCGCUGAAGCACAGGACGGUACUUCCGAAUGGCGAGUGCUGUUUAUAACGAGUGACGCAAAACAUGGAUUUUGUAAAAUAAAUCAUUAUUUGUUUUUCAUUGAGGAUUUACGGCUUUAUGAGAUGUACAAAAUUGUCAUUAUUUGUGUAAUGAAAGACAAGGUGGGUCUUACUGAACACCUUGAUGAGCAGUAAGGGAAAAAAGAUUCUCCAUCAGCAUCUUGUCCUUCGUGAAGCAUCACAGCAGUACGGCUGCAACAUUUGUUUUGAUGUAGUUUAUCGAUAUGAGGGAUGCAGUGAGUUUCAGUGAUGGAGCUACUGUGUGACUCCUGAUAAAAAAGGACUGUGCUUAUUGGUUGUCAUAACAACAUGACCGUUGUGGCAGCACACCAGCAUAUAUGAAACUUAAACUGGUCUUAAAUUGUUGUUUGUUUGUUUUCUAUAUGUUUUUUUAGACUGUUAAAUUGUCAUUUGUUGUAUUCUAGGACAGAAACAUCACAACCACGUGACUGAGGUCAGAUUUUACCUCACUCUGUUUCUCUCUCUCUCUCUCACACACACAAUAUUUUGCACAGUCAACCAGUUGUACACACUAUGUUGUUUAGUAUUUAAAACAGUUUCUACAACACAUAACCAUGAUAUUCCAUAAUGAAGAGUUUUCCUGUUUGUGUUGUCGCUUUCUUAAACCUGUUUCUUUUCUUAAAUUUGAACUGGUGCAAUAGAUAAGCCAUGGAGGUCACAGUGGAGGUCAUGUGAGUAAAUUUAAACAAUACCAAAGACAGCUACUACAUCACAUCUGAGCAAGACAAAACAGUAAUUAAUAAAACAUUGUAUUAAGCUCAUUGAUGUGAAAUAUAUUCACUCUGUGUUGUGUGGCAGGUGAGAUUUCACGAUCUCCAAAUUCCUUUUGAAGCUGGAACCAUCUUAUCUCUGUUACGUUUUAUUGAUGUUGUUUUUUAACUGAUGUGUUACUUUUCAUAAACAGGAUCUAUGUGGCGUGC